GCUGGCCGAGAAGCAGUCCGAGCAGCCGGCGGACGGGUUCAACAUCGUACCGUACGUGACACUGUGCGCCCUCGACAUCUUCUGUGAAACCGCCAUGGGCUGCCCGGUGUAUGCGCAGAAGAACUCCAACUCGGAGUACGUGCGAGCCCACAAACAGAUCGGCCAGGUGAUCCGUAACCGGCUGCAGAAGAUCUGGCUACACCCGGACGUCAUCUUCAGGCGCACCCAGGAGUUCCAGAAGCACCAGGAGUGCCUAAAGGUGCUGCACACCUUCUCCGAUCGGGUGGUGCGCGAGCGCAAGGAGCAGCUGGUCAAGCGGAAACAGUUGCUGGACCAAAACAACAACAACAACAACAACAACGCUAGCACUAGCAGCGAAGAUGACACCGGUGCAUCCGAGGUCGGCGGUCGGAAGAAGCAGCUCGCCUUCCUCGAUCUCCUGCUCGACGGUUCCGGUCUGUCCGAUCUGGCGAUCCGCGAGGAGGUGGACACGUUCAUCAUCGGUGGCCACGACACGACGGCGGCCGCCAUGGCCUGGAUCCUCUACCUGCUCGGGGCCGAUCCGGUCCUGCAGGAUCGUGUCCUCCACGAGAUCGACUCGGUGAUGGGCGGUGACCGGGACCGGCGCCCAACGAUGCAGGAGCUGAACGAGAUGCGGUACCUCGAGUGCUGCAUCAAGGAGGGUUUGCGGCUGUUCCCCAGCAUCCCGGUGAUUGGCCGCCGGUUAACGGAGGACGUGCGCGUCGACAACUACACGAUACCGGCCGGCACGACCGCCAUGAUCGUGGUGUACGAGCUGCACCGCGAUCCGGCCAUCUUCCCCAACCCGGACAAGUACGAUCCGGACCGGUUCCUGCCGGAGAACUGCCACGGUCGGCACCCGUACGCGUACAUCCCGUUCAGUGCCGGGCCGCGGAACUGCAUCGGGCAGAAGUUUGCGAUCCUGGAGGAGAAGUCCGUCAUCUCGGCGAUACUGCGCCGGUUCCGCGUCGAGGCGAUCAAUCGGCGCGAGGACGUACUGUUGCUGUGCGAUCUCGUCCUCCGGCCGAAGGAUGGGUUGAUCGUGCGGUUGCACAAGCGUGACUAUCAGAAGUUAUUUUUUGUAUUGUGCGUGAUGGUGCGUUCGAGUGAGGGUGCUGGCAGCAGCAGCAGCAGCAGCAGUCCGGUACUGGUCGAGGUGCUUGGGGAUCGCGUUGGCUGGGGCCUGGGUGCUGGGAGCCGAUGGACGACCGGUGGGGUGACUGAGGCGCGUCAGGGCGUCCUGUUGCUGCUGGGUGCCGCCUUUCUCGUCUGCUGUGUGGUGGUGUACCGUGAGCGCUAUCGGCGCCUGAUCCGACACAUCGAUCGCAUACCGGGACCGGCCGCCCUGCCCAUUCUCGGGAACGCGCUGCUCAUUAACGCCAAUCGCGAAGAGCUAUUCAAUCGAAUCAUCGGCGCCCGGAAGCUGUACGGUCGGCACGACGGUAUCAGCCGCAUCUGGAACGGGCUCACGCCAUACGUGCUGAUCUCGAAGGCGGCGGCAGUCGAGAAAAUACUCAGCAACAGCAGAAACAUCGAGAAGGGCCGGGACUACGAGUUCCUGCAGCCGUGGCUCGGUACGGGCCUGCUGACCAGCCCGGCCCGCAAGUGGCAGUACCGGCGCAAAAUCCUGACACCCACCUUCCACUUCCGCAUCAUGGCCGACUUUGUGGACGUGUUCAACCAGCAGGCGGCCGUCCUGGUGCAGAAGCUGGCCACCGAGCUCGAUUCGCCCGCCACCGGGUUCGACUGCGUGCGCUACGUCACGCUCUGCUCGCUCGACAUCAUCUGUGAGACGGCCAUGGGUUGCCCGGUGUACGCUCAGCAGCAACCGGACUCGGAGUACGUGAGGGCGCACGAGAAGAUUGGCGAGAUCAUGCUGAAUCGGUUGCAGAAGUUCUGGCUCCAUCCGGACUGUAUCUUCCAGCGCACCGGCCAGCACCGCGAGCAGCAACGGUGCAUCGACACGCUGCACCGCUUCUCCUACCGCAUGAUCGACCAGCGGCGCUCGAUGCUGCUCCACUCGCCCAAAGCCUCCCCCAAGGGUUGUGAGCCCGAGACCGAGCCCGCGCUCGAACGGAGGGACCACGAUGGAGGGCGGAAGCGUAACCGGCAGCUUGCCUUUCUCGAUCUGCUGAUCGAUGCAUCGGACGGUGGGCGGCUACUGACGGACGAGGACAUCCGGGAGGAGGUGGACACGUUCAUCCUGGGCGGGCACGAUACGACCGCGACCGCCAUCUCCUGGACGCUCUACCUGCUCGGCACGGAACCGGCGGUACAGGAGCGUGCACUGCAGGAGCUGGACUCGGUGAUGGGCGGUGACCGGGACCGGGUGCCGACGAUGCACGAGCUGACCGAGAUGCGGUACCUGGAGGCGUGCAUCAAGGAGGGUUUGCGGCUGUUCCCCAGCAUCCCGGUGAUUGGCCGCCGGUUAACGGAGGAUGUCGUGCUGGAGGAAGGUGGCCACCGGUUACCGGCCGGC